CUAUUACACAUGUUUCUCAUGGCGUCCUUCUCUCGCGCAGAGGAGCCGCUCUGCAGACAAAGAGGCGAGGCAGAGAGCCCCCAGCAAUUGAAGGAUGGGGACAUCACGUUGGGGGGAAUCUUCUCUUUUCACAGCAGCUGGAAAAACAGACAAGAUACUUACACCCAUAAACCACUGCCACUGGAAUGUACCAGUUUUAAUUUCAGAGAUUUCCAGAUUGCUCAGGCCAUGUGUUUUGCCAUUGAGGAGAUCAAUAACAGCACAGAGCUACUACCUGGAAUCUCUCUGGGUUAUCAAAUGUAUGAUUCAUGUGGAUCCAUCACAGGAGGAGUGAAGGCCGCCCUGGCCUUGACUAAUGGUAAUGAAGCUGUGUCUUUACCCACUGAGAUACCAUGUACCAAAGCUGCACAAGUGCCAGCAAUAAUGGGGGAGACAUCGUCCACACCAUGCAUAGCUAUAGCUACUGUAGUUGGACCAUUUCAUAUACCUCUAAUCAGCCCAUUUGCCACCUGUGCUUGUCUCAGUGAUAAAUCCAAGUACCCAUCCUUCCUCAGAACAAUACCCAGUGACUACUAUCAGAGCAGAGCUCUGGCCCAGCUCGUCAAACACUUUGGUUGGACUUGGGUUGGAGCUAUUAGAACAGAUGAUGAUUAUGGCAAUAAGGGCAUGGCUACAUUCACAGAAACAUCUCAGCAGCUGGGCAUCUGCCUGGAGUAUUCUGUAGCUUUCUUCAGGACAGAUCCACCAAACAAGAUACAAAAGAUUAUUAACAUUAUGAAACAUUCAACGUCCAAAGUAAUUGUCACUUUUCUCUCGCACCUGGAUUUGGACGUUCUAAUGCAGAUGUUGUUUUACCACAACAUGACUGGGUAUCAGUGGGUUGGUAGUGAGGGAUGGAUAUUUGAUUCUCAAACUGCAGAAAUGGAUACGCAUCAUAUCCUGGAUGGUGCCAUAGGUCUGUCCAUCCCCAAGGCACAUGUCAAAGGAGUGAGAGAGUUUCUAUUAGAUUUGAAACAACUCAAUUUAUCAGGUAAUAAACUCUUUACAGAGUUCUGGGAGACAUUAUUUAACUGUAAGUUUAAGUCACCAAACAUAAGAGAAAACAUUCAGAAACAAUGUACUGGAAAUGAAGAUCUGAAUGGUUUACAACACAGUUACACUGAUAUGUCACUUAUGCCUAUACUUAAUAAUCUGUAUAAAGGAGUGUAUUCUGUGGCCCAUGCACUUCAUAAGAUACUUGACUGUAACGUAACAUGUAACAAGGUGACGCAACUGGAUCCAUUCAUGGUUUUGCAUCAUAUAAGAAAAAACAAAUUUAAAUCCAAGCAAGGGGAUGACGUUUCCUUUAAUGAGGAUGGAGACCCACCAGCAAAGUAUGAAAUUAUAAACUGGCAGCCAACAGAAAAAAGUGUUGUGGACUUUGUCACAGUUGGUCUCUAUGACGCAUCUUUACCUGCAGACAAACAGCUGAGUCUGCAAAACAAGACUUUAAUCUGGACACAGAACUCCCUGCAGGUUCCUGUGUCAGUUUGCAGUGAGAAAUGUUCCCCAGGAACACGUAAGGUUCUGCAGAAAGGAAAGCCUGUCUGCUGCUAUGACUGUAUAAGAUGUGGAGACGGAGAAAUAAGCAACAUCACAGAUUCUGUCAGCUGUGUUCAAUGUCCACCUGAAUUCUGGUCAAACGACAGAAGAGAUGUGUGUGUAAAGAAGGAGGCAGAGUUUCUAUCCUAUGAAGAAAUGAUGGGAGCUCUACUCACUGCAGCAUCUUUAUGUGGAACAUGCAUGACUGCUGUUGUAGCCUUCAUUUUCUUCACAUACAGGAAAACUCCUAUUGUCAGGGCCAACAACUCUGAGCUGAGCUUCCUGCUGCUCUUCUCCCUGACUCUGUGCUUCCUGUGUUCUCUGACCUUCAUGGGUCGACCCUCUGAGUGGUCCUGCAUGCUCAGACACACAGUAUUCGGCAUCACCUUUGUCCUCUGUAUGUCAUGUGUUCUGGGCAAAACUGUGGUGGUGUUAAUGGCCUUCAGAGCUUCACUUCCAGGCAGUAAUGUGAUGAAAUGGUUUGGACCAACACAGCAGAGACUCAGUGUUCUGGUCUUCACUCUCAUACAGGUUGUAAUAUGUGUAUUGUGGUUAGCGAUUUCUCCUCCUUUUCCAUUCAAGAACUUGAAGGUAGUCAAAGACAGAAUCAUCUUAGAAUGUGCUCUGGGCUCACCUGUAGGAUUCUGGGCUGUACUUGGCUACAUAGGUCUUCUGGCUCUCUUCUGUUUCGUUCUUGCUUUUCUGGCUCGGAAACUGCCUGAUAACUUUAAUGAGGCCAAGUUCAUCACCUUCAGCAUGUUGAUAUUCUGUGCAGUGUGGCUUACCUUUAUUCCAGCUUAUGUCAGCUCUCCUGGAAAGUUUAGUGUUGCUGUUGAGAUUUUUGCUAUUCUGGCUUCUAGUUUUGGACUGUUGAUAUGUAUAUUUAUUCCAAAAUGUUACAUUAUCUUAAUGAAACCAGAGAGGAACACAAAAAAUAAUAUGAUGGGCAAAGUGACAUCAAAAAUAUUCUGA